UCUUCUUCCGUCAUUCUUAUUCGUUGUCUAGUUUUUCUUUUUGCCAUUCGGUAUGUGGGUACUUUAGUGGACUGUGAAAUUUAUUCCCGUAAUGGCUGCCACGCUAAGAGUGUAGCUUAUUGGUUAUGUCAUGUAUAUAGAAAUCUACGGCCGUACGUUAAAUUCUUGCAAUUCAACAAGUGUAUCAAAUGAUGAUCGCAUGAAAGCUUUUACAAUAGUAAUCACACUAGAACGUUUCCUCUUUCAUGUUUCCUUUUUUGGCAAUUAAGUUAUGGACUCUGGGUUUGUGUACUGUAUGUAACGAAAACAAAAUCUAUGCCGUGUGAAAAGUGUUGGUGAAGACCAUAUCGUGUGAGGGGUGGCGACUCGCUGGUCAAAAUGACGGAUAACAGGUCGUCGUCAGCGUUGUUUAAGCGCGCGGAGCAACUCAAGAGAUGGGAAGAGUCCGAGACAAAUAAACAGUCGCCGACGCCGAAGCGCGCCUCUAGGAUUCAGUUUUCCGCGGGGAUUGUUUUCUUGGCUGCGUGUACGUCCGGCGACAAAGAUGAAGUACAACGCCUGCUGAAGAUGGGUGCCGAUAUCAACACGGCUAACGUGGACGGACUCACAGCUUUACAUCAGGCGUGUAUUGAUGACAACUUGGAUAUGGUGGAGUUUUUAGUAACUCAUGGUGCGGAUGUCAACCGCGGCGACAACGAAGGCUGGACUCCACUGCACGCUACUGCUUCUUGUGGCUUCAUCAGUAUAGCAAGGUAUCUCCUUGAGAGCGGUGCGGACGUGGCCGCGGUCAACUAUGAUGGCGAGUUGCCUGUUGAUAUCGCCGAAAGCGAUGCAAUGGCUGACUUGCUACAGAAAGUAAUUGACGAGAAAGGCGUUGAUUGUGAGAAGUCAAGGAAUGCAGAAGUUGAUACGCUGAUGAGUGACGCCAGAGAAUGGGCAUUGCACGGCUACGUUGAAGUUCGAGACUUGAAAACGGGAGGCACGCCGCUCCACGUUGCCGCUGCUAAAGGAUAUAUCGACGUGGCCAAAACUCUACUGGAGGAUUGUAAUGCGGAUCCUGACUGCGUUGACUACGAGGGCUGGACACCGUUGCACGCGGCCGCAUUGUGGGGACAAAAGGAGGCGGCAGCAUUACUACUCAAAUUCGGAGCUGAUCCACAUCUCAAAAACUAUUCGGGACAGACCUGCUUAGAUCUGGUGGAUCCGAGCAUCUCGUCAUGGCUGGAGGAGGCAGCCCUGAAGGCUCCCCGUCGCGUCAAUAACAACAAACGGAAACUUAGCCCUCCGAGGCACGAAGUCAAAAGAAUCGACAUCGAAAUCAAGGGACAAGCAGAGAAAAUUGUCAACGACAAACCGCCGCCGCCCGAGAUCAUUGCUAAGAAGGCCGAGAAGCCACCAAAGGGCCGGGCUCCGUCCCCCGAAAGCACAGAGAUGGCGGAACAACAGGCACAGAACGAUGAGGCGCCCUCGUGGCGUAGAUCUGCCUCGUUUAGGAACAGGCAACAAGACUCAGCCAAAGAAAACAAACCGGCCGUGAACAAUGUCGACGACACGAUACUGAGGAGGACGCACAGCUUCGAAAACGACAAGACAAGAACGAAAAACAACAUUGUCAGCUAUUUAGCGAGCCUUUACGAAAAUAAAUGCAAAGUCGCAGCCGAUAUAUCGGAGUCUCGGUGUAACGACUUCUCGCAGAGAUAUCGUGACGUCACAGCUCGUAUCAAGGCCUCCUCCUGCCCGUCGAUACCGCCGCUGCCGCAGUCGACCCUGGCGGCCAUCGAACUAAAGAAAAAAGCGUUGGAACCUAACAAUAGCGAAAACGCUAAUACUAACGAGGACGUGCAAACAAGAAUAAGUCCAGCGGAAAGAAGGGAUAAAGAAAAUAACGCGAGAAUUGCGCUGAGCGCGACAAGCAACGCCAACAACGCGACAACGAACUCCCAGGCGCCGGUCAGGAGCGCGGAGACGGUAGAGUCGAACAGUAACAAUGCGACGCCGACGUCUACAACGCCCACGAAGCUGUCGCCAGGCAACAUAUUCAAGAACUUCUUCAAAUCGUUCGUGCCCCCGGUCCGCGACGAGGAGAGCGAAACGCAAAGGAAGGCGCACGCGAAACGGGUCCGCGAGACUCGACGUUCCACCCAGGGCGUUACCCUCGAUGAGAUUAAAUCAGCCGAACAGCUUGUCAAAAAGAAAUCCAGCAACGGCACGACGGAGAGUUCCACUCCGACUAACGUCAAAAAGGAUGAAACUCCAACUCCGGCGACCACAGACAACGGAUCGGCUCGCGGCCCACUAGCCGGCGACGUCGCUGUGACGUUAGCGCUUGCUUGCGCUACGGCAACAGCUACAGCUACGAUCGCGGCUAACAGCGAGAGACGCCCGUCGUGGCGGCUACGGCUCGACCCCACGAACAAGUUCGAGCUGGAGGACGCCGGUAGAGCGUCGCCUCGAUCGGGGGCAGCCGAAGCGACGGUCACCCUGCCGCUGCGUCGACCUCCGUCAGCAUCGACGAACGCCACGACGGCCGCCGCAACUAAAGAAGACAACCGCACCGCAGAAGUUGAAGAGGAGAAAGACAGAGAAAGCAGUACGGAGAGCAAGUCGAGUAACGCCUCGCCUGCCAGCACGCAGGCGGCGCUCAAUGUCAUACAGCGUCGACGCAGGCCGAAGAGACGGUCGACCGGCGUCGGACAUGUGGAUAUGGACGACAUUGUGAACGACCGCGGCGGGGGCAGCGAAGGCGACGGAGACACCGAUACCGCACAGUCUGGAAGCGAACGUACCGAGGAAGGCGAAGAGCGAGACUACAAAGCACUUUAUGAAGCGUCUGCCAGCGAGGUGCGGCGUCUACGGUCACUGCUCACGACUUCAGAGCAACAGCUACGCGAGGCCCGCGCCACCAUCGCAAGGCUCACGCAAGUGAAUCAGAAUUCAUUAUCUGAAAUCGAGAAACGGGAAAAGAGAGCGAUGGAAAGAAAACUAUCGGAAAUGGAAGAAGAGCUGAAGUAUCAACAGGCACUGCAGGCCGAAAACCAGCGGCUGAAGGACGAGAACGGGGCGUUGAUCAGAGUCAUCAGUAAGCUGUCCAAAUGAAUCUCGAGCUCGCUGAGCCAAUGUUCGCGGACAAACUGACCUCCCUCACAAACAACGCCGCUAUUAGACAGAAUCAAUCCGAACGUUUAGGACAUUUACUUACACGCGAAAUACGAAACAAGUGCGUGAAACCAUAAACUUCAUGUAUUACGAGUGAUCGACACCAUUGUACAUAACAUCGAUUCUUUUUCGUUUUCAUUCGGAUAUGUAAUAAAUAUAUAUGUACGUCUCUGAUCGCAUCCCCUCGGAACAUUGCAAACUGUAACUUUUAUCGUAUAUUGUGAAUUUUACAUAUUCUUAAAAUUUCGAAGGUUUUACAAACUUUAUAUUAUUGUCGUAUUGUUAUUAUAUAUACUAUAUUAUGAUCGCACAUGUAAUCGGUAUUGGAAUCAAGUUGCGGCGUAUGAACACGUGUGCGCAUCGAUAUUACUUACUGCUAAUGCGUUUAUUUCUUCGUUGUCUAUUACUAAUUAUAAUGAUUUGUGCCUAAAACAUAGUUCCUGCUAUUAGCAAAGUUCCGAAGAUGAAUUUAUUGGAACGGCCCCCUUUAUACAGUGUGGAUUAUGCAUAAUGAUUACGAAUUUUGUUUAACGAUAAUUUAUUUAUAAUUUAAAAAAAAAUGCAAUCUAUAUAAACUUUAAUAUUAAAAUCGCGUAAGAUACGAAGCAAACGUGUAAGUUCUAGUAAUCGAAAUGGUAUACUUACUAAUUUUACGAUUACAAUUUUAUUAUUUUUGUGCGAAAUAAUUAACCGCUUUGUAUAUGUAUGGAUUUGUAUUUAAAAUUGAAUCUUUGCAAUUAUUGUUUAUUUUUUUUUUGCUUGAAAAAAAAAAUUACAUUAUAAUUCACUGUUCUACAUGCACUUGUUACAUGUACAAAUAAGUAUACAUACACAAUACGGAUGGUUUUUCGGUGUCCCAUUUUGUAUUUAAUGCAUGUAGUUGUUAUUAACAAUGAAAAAUAUCGAUAGUUUUACGAUUCGUUUAUUUAAAUUUGAUGCGCUUUCUUACGUUUAUUUUUUGUCAACAGUUUGAAAUAUUUAUUGUGUACUUAUUUUAUAUUAUAUGUAUUACGGGCACUUUGUAAUCGGUGACGUCGAUAAUAAUAAGAAUAAGGGAAUGAUCGAUCGACAAAAACGAUAUGUCGGCGGCCCCAAAAUCGAUUUAAAUUCGUAGUUCUUAAUCAUAUGAAAUAAUGUAGCUUAAACGUAAACGUUCAUACGAAAUCGUUCUAGAAGUAUCCAUAUUCGUGUUGAUAGUUAUCGAUGUAUUCCUAAAUUGAGGUACGUAAGUGUUAUAAUAGGUUAGUUUUAAUUGUGAACCUUUUUGGGGGGCGGUGGGGGGUUAGGUUAACAUGUCCCCCUCCCCCCCGUAUUCGUAGUCUUGUGUGUUGCGGGAAUUUUGUCGUCAUCACACUUUUGUACAGCAAACGCGAGUCCGACCAAAUUAGAUAAUGAAAUUCAAAUACUUGUACAGAAAAUAAAAUUGAUCCUUUGAAGUAAAAAAUAGGAAAUAAUAAUUAAAACGAAACAUGAAUUCGUUACCAGAAUUUUAUUUAUUUAUUUGCGUGUUUUAAACUGUGAACCGUCGGAAUUCCUGCGAUUAAAUUAUAUCUCAAAUUACUAAUAUAAAUAUAUUUAUACACGAUGCAUGCAUGUAAUUAUUGUAUUAUGUAGAAUCUUGUUAAGAAUCAGUCGGCGAGGAUUGGAAUGUGAUAUCGGUUUUGUGCGCCACUCAUGUGUUAUAAAAUUAGAUCGUUUUUUUUUUGCUAACCGUACUAUGCUAUUCAACUGUUCUUUUGUUGAUAAUAUACAUACAUACAGGCCGUUCUGCUGCUUUGUGCUAUUUAUUACCUACAGUACACAGGUACGUGCCUCGGAUGUAUGCGGAAAAUAUUCAUGCAUAAAUUAAUGAAGUAAAUGAGUGAUUGAAAAAUAGUAUAUAUUUCGCAGUCGUAUGUCAAUACAGAAGGAGAGUCGAUUACGAGCAGGUAAGCUUAUCAGGUAUUAAUGUUCUUGGCUCUUGUAAAUUACCUUGUAAGGUUAACAAUUUUCCGCUCGGAAAAUGUGUUUUUUCCUCACAAAAGUUUGAAGGCUUAGACGAUCGCGAUAAUCUCACCUACUCUUAUUCGAGUAACUCCCUUUGUCAAAAUCGGCCAUUACAUACGAGUGUUUAUUUUACUGAGGCGAAUGUACUACUACUAUUGAUUUUCAACUAGUCUGUAGUUAGCAGUAAUAUAAAUAUAAGAUCGUAGUCCACCGACCACAAGUCUCCGCCAUAAGUCAGUGGACAUAUUUAAACAAAAAUAGUAAUUAAUUUGUUAUCGAUACGCGAUUGCUGCUAGCCACACUUGGUAUAUCAAUUGCGCUACGAUUAAAUGUGGAUAAUUUGAAUGAUACAAUUUUCGUUUAGAGCCUUAACACACGCUCGAAUUUGGUCCAUGAGACCAAAUCCGUUGUCAGACGCCCGGAUCGGACAGUUGCUUCACGUACGCCUUCAAGUGCACACGGUUGUCAUCAUUUUAGUUAAACCUCUGAUCAAGAUAAAAUAUACUGAUAUAAGCAACUCCGUUUCUACGGAAGAGCGACUUAUUAGCAUAUUAAAGUGUCUUUGCAUCAGAAAGAGAAUUUCCAGAAUUGAAGUUUAUUUAGUUCAAGUAUAUACUUAUUCUCCGAAUGUUUUCUUCUUCCUCGUUUGUACGCCGCUCACAAGUUUUAUAAUUUCUUCUUUAAAUUUCCACGGUGGCAUCCUUUUCAAAUUUUGAGUAACAAACACUCUUUAAGUAUUGUAAAUAUUUGCUUUCGAACAUCUGUGUUGUAAUAAAAUUCGUGGAAUGUAUUACACAAACAUGGAAAAUCUUUGUAAAAUUGAACAACUUUAAUAAAUACAUCGCUUUCGUUAACGAUUUCCUCCAUUAUGUCAUUAUGUCCACACGACCGUAUUCGGUACGGAGCAAACCAUAUCCGAUGUACAAAUUAGCGGGUCGAGCCGAAAUUAAUUAGUAAUAUGAUAAUUUUGUUCGCAGGACUACUCUAUAGAUGGUAGAUUUGUUUCAGAAGCGAACCAAAUUCGUGGGCCGUUCGAACCAAAUUCGAGUGUGUGUUCAUGCUUUUAGAAUUAUAAAUGUUUGUCCUAAAGUGACACUGAAAUGCUUUAAAGCGAUUCUUUCUACAAGUUUAUUUGAACAAUUUGGAUAAUAGUAUCAAGAAAACUAAAACAAUUGACUUUUGUCUAAGGAGGGCCGAUUGCCGUCGAUAACAAUUAAAAAAAAAAGUUCGACAAAUUCAAAAUUUUGAAAUUUCGCUUCGAUUCGAAUAAUCUUCGCUGUGUUAAAGCAUUUUAGUGUCAGUGCAGUAAUCUAUGUUAUGAUUGGUUUUAGUUUCAUAAUCUCGAAAUUCGAAAUUUAAAAAGUAAAAUAUUAUGUAUUUAGUUGGCUAAGCGUUGAGAACUGUAUUGAAAAAAAAAAGGUGAUAGGAAUCUACUGAAUAACGUUUUGUAAUUGAUAGAAUUUUUUAUCCUUCCCCCCUUUUUUUAUGUUGCGGUUCUGAUUUUUUGUUCAUUAAAGUUUUUUUUUAUUUAUUUCCAGAGAUAAGAGUUAAAUAAAAUACAUUUCUUCAUUAA